AAAGCCGACUGCCGCAGUUGCAGCAACCUGUUGGCAGAGAAGUGAAGUCUAUCCGCAACAGGUGGUGAGUGGCUGCUGCGAGAGUGCGCCUGUGAGAACGGAUGGCGGUGGCGCACAGAAAACUCCUGCAGAGCAGGCAAGUAGGGUCUCUUCUCUUUAUGUUGUGCGUAUCUGUGGGGAGUGCGGCCACCAUCCGCUAUUCAGUGGCGGAAGAGAUGGAGAGCGGUUCGUUUGUGGCUAAUGUGGCUAAGGACCUGGGGCUGGAGGUAGGGAAGCUGGCUGCGCGCGGGGCGCGGCUGGUUUCUGAAGGCAACAAACUGCAUUUCCGUCUCCACCGUAAGACCGGGGAUCUGUUCGUGAAGGAGAAACUGGAUAGGGAGUCACUGUGUGGCAAAGCUGACCCGUGCGUCCUGCACUUUGAAAUAGUCCUGGUGGAGCCGCUGCAGUCCUUUCGGGUUGAGGUCAGGGUAUUUGAUAUCAAUGACAAUGCCCCGAUUUUCCUGAACAAGGAGCCGCUUUUAAAGAUUCCAGAGAGCACGCCCCUGGGUUCACGUUUUCCUCUGCAGAGCGCCCAGGAUCUGGACGUGGGCCUCAAUGGUCUUCAAAAUUACACCUUGAGCCGCAAUGCGUAUUUCCACCUGCACACCCGCUUUCGCAGUCAUGGGCCCAAAUAUGCUGAGCUGGUCUUGGAUAAGCCCCUGGACAGAGAGGACCAGCCGGAAGUCAACUUGACAAUUACGGCGGUGGAUGGCGGGUCCCCACCCAAGUCGGGCAUCGCGCACAUCCGCGUGGAGGUUCUGGAUGUCAAUGACCACGUGCCUCAGUUCUCUAGGCUGGUGUACCGUGCUCAGGUACUGGAAAAUAGCGCCAACGGUUCCUUGGUGGCCACUGUGAGUGCCACAGACCUGGACGAGGGCUCCAACAAGGAAAUCACUUAUUCCUUGGCUCAAAAUCCAGAAGCAGUUCUCCAAACAUUUCAGGUUGACUCUCACACUGGAGAGGUUCGACUGAGGGGGCCCCUAGAUUUUGAAGCAAUUGAAACAUAUGAUAUUGACAUUCAAGCCACCGAUGGAGGGGGCCUCUCUGCCCACAGCAAAGUCCUGGUGGAAGUGGUGGAUGUUAAUGACAAUCCUCCUGAGGUGACAGUUUCCUCUGUGUCCAGCCCUCUCCCUGAGGACUCUCCACUACAAACUGUAGUGGCCCUUUUCUCUAUUCGAGACCGGGAUGUUCGGGUGGGAGGAAAAAUCACCUGUUUCCUCAGAGAAGACCUUCCUUUUGCGGUCAAACCGACUUUCCGGAAUUCUUACUCAUUGGUUACUGACAGAGGCUUGGAUCGGGAAGAGGUUUCAGGCUACAACAUCACCAUUGUUGCCAUGGAUACUGGACCACCCAGUCUGUUCACAGAAACUGUGAUUGAGGUGUUAAUAGCUGACAUUAAUGACAAUCCCCCAGUAUUUCAGGAAGACUCCUACAUUUUGACUGUUCGAGAAAACAACAGCCCAGCAAUUUUUAUUGGCAAAGUUCACGCUGAGGAUCUAGAUUUGGGUGAGAAUGCCCAAGUAACAUAUACUCUGCUGCCUCCACAAAGUGGAGAUUUAUCAGUCUUUGCUUACAUCUCCAUAAAUUCAGACAAUGGGAAGCUCUAUGCACUUAGAACCAUGGAUUAUGAGGCCAUUCAAAAUUUUCAGUUUGUGGUAAAGGCAACUGAUGGGGGCUUCCUCUCACUGAGUAGCCAGGUUACUGUCAGGGUGGUUGUUCUGGAUGACAAUGACAACCGCCCAAUGAUCUUGUACCCACUGCAGAAUGGCACCUUACCCUGCAACGACCUGGUGCCCAGGUCGGCGGAUGCAGGCUUCCUGGUGACCAAGGUAGUGGCUGUGGAUGGUGACUCAGGUCAGAAUUCUUGGCUUUCGUAUCAUCUCCUUAAGGCCACUGACCCUGGGUUAUUCUCUGUUCAACAACAAAAUGGAGAAAUCCGUACAUUGCGGCAGAUAUCUGAAAGAGACCCCAUGAUUCAGAAACUGAUCAUUCUUGUUCAGGAUCAUGGCCAACCAGCUCUUUCCACUACUGCCUCACUCAACAUCUUGCUGGUAAAUGGUUUUUCUGAACCCUAUCUGCAGUUCCGGGAUCCUUCCAAGAAUCCUACAAGGGUAAAUCCAUCCACUAAAUAUUUGGUCAUUUCUCUGGCUGUGCUUUCCUUUCUCUUUCUCCUCUCUGUCACGGUGAUCUUUGGUAUACACAUCUACCAGAAGGUUAAAUACAGAGAAAAGUUCACAGUUCAAGAGCAUUUCUAUGAUGACUGCAAUUUCCCUAAUAACCUGGUACAAAGAGGGGCCAAUGGAUCGUUAUCUCAACCAUGUCCCUAUGAAAUGUGCUCAGCCACUGGCACCAGCAAUAGUGAGUUUCGGUUUCUUAAACGCUUUAUGCCCAACUUCCCCUUCCCGCAUGGCACUGGAGAGACAAAAACAGAAGCUGGCUCCCGUUUACCACCAGACUCUAAUAGGAAUAGGUCUCAGGGGUCAGAGGACCAUGGCCAAGUACCUGACAACAGUAUGUAGAUUUUACUCAUGAGCUAUAUGUAGGCAUUAUUUAUGUCUCUCCCAAAAGUUCAUUAGUCUUGGCCCUAGAAAUGCUUAGUUCCAUAAAGAUAUCCUGUUAUUUUGCCUUUAAAUUAUUUUCCAUUAGACAGUUACGUAUGCAUAGGGAUGAAAACCAGGUCUUAGUUUUGAUACAUCAGAAAGCAAUUAGAUUU